AUGUUCCUGUCUAGUAACCCAAGCCGCUGGAGUGUGGAGGAGGUGUACGAGUUCAUAUCUUCUCUGCAAGGUAUGACUGAAUAUUCAACUUAUUUGGAACCAUUUCCUCAUCCUCUCUUUCUCUGCUCCUGUGUAGCUGUUAAUGCCGGCAGCGGCUAAAGGGCUUCUUUAAGCUUACUCCUAUAUUACAAUUAGCUCCCGCUAACUUUAGCCCAUUGUAACAUUCAGUUUGUAAUCCCCCUUUUAAAUGUAUUAUUUAGAUAUUAUAUUUGUAACAUCACAUUACAAAUUUCACAGCUUCCUCUGGUGAGCUCUGCUGAAGUACCUGUUAGCCUAUCCUAGCUUUCCAUUGUUUUUGGAAGGAGUAAUGAGCACAUGCCAUAAGCAUAUAUACUCCAUAGUAGUUCAAUGAAAAAAAAAACUUUAAUGAAAUGGCUUCAUUAACUCCAUGGUAAGAAGGCCACAAUUUGAGUCUCUUUUAAUUAUGGUGUAUUAUAACUGCAGCUACAAGGGUAAGGAUAUAUGUGCUGCUAUCCGCUUAUUCAUUUAAAAAUCGUUCUGCUCAUCAUAUCAGAUGAACAGCUACAGGCCUGAACGAGUUGACUACUAAACCCUUGAAAGUCAAGUUUUUAUGGCAUAAGAUUAGACCACAAACUUGAAAGAGUCCUGAUUGGUGAGGCCAAAUGGGGAUCAAUAAUUUUUCAAUUAAAAAGUGUUCUGCUAUUAUACAGCAGUUCCAUUUCAUAUUGCUCAUUUUAAUCAUGUGCAGCCAAGUAUCACUGACCCUAAGAAGUGUUGGCUUAAAGGACCACUAUAGGCACCCAGACCACUUCAUCUCAAUUAAGUGGUGUGGGUGUCAGGUCCCCCUAGUUUUAACCCUGCAGCUGUAAACAUAGCACUUGCAGAGAAACCGCUAUGUUUACAUUGAGGGUUAAUCUAGCCUCUAGUGGGUGUCUCCCUGAAAAUCGCAUUGAGGACACGCUGGACCUCAAUAGGAAAGCAUUGAGUAAUGCUUUCCUAUGGGCGGUUUGAAUGCGCGCAUGCACGGACAGAUGCGCAUUCGGAGAUGACGUCGGCAGGGGAAGGAGAGGUCACCAGCUCCAAGGGAUUAAAGUAAGUGGGUGAAGGGGUUUUAACUCCUUCAGCCCAGCGGGAGGGGGGCACCUAAUAACCCUAUAGUGCCAGGAAAACGGGAUUGUUUCCCUGGCACUAUAGUGCUCCUUUAACCUUUAUGUAUUGUUUUGCAUUUUUUUUGCACCCAGUUUGGAAAAUAAUAAGACAAUCUUUCUUUUUUUCCCCAUUUAUAUGUUGUGCAGGCUGCCAAGAGUUGGCAGAGGAUUUCCGCUCCCAGGAAAUUGAUGGGCAGGCUUUGUUGUUGCUGAAAGAGGAACAUCUCAUGACGGCUCUAAACAUUAAACUGGGACCUGCAUUGAAAAUCUGCGCCAAGAUCAACCUGCUCAAGGAAACUUAA